UAAGUAGGUGACACUUUUUUAUGGAUCGGAUGGAGUAAAUAUCUGUACACCCGUAAAAAUCUGAAUCAGUGGUGGUCCGUUCAUUUUGAGACCACUACUCCUUCGAUUGCUCUAGAAUCAAAUAAUUUCCACUCAUUUUACUCCCUCGUUUGAGAUAACUGAUUUUUCUAAGAAAUAUUUGUAGAUAAUUCAGUCAGCACAAGUUACACAAUAUGAGGCACAGACAAUUAAGCAAAGCAUGCAUAAUUCAUAUUUUAAAUUUCGUGGCAAAGCAUGUGCAUUUAACUACUAAGUGUAAAUCACCAGAUCGGCUGCUAAAAUUUAAAGCUCUGACAAGCCUUGAAUCCAAAUAAACACUAGCACGUGAUGCAGUGAUGCUCCACAUUCGGUCAAUGUUGCGGCACGCAAAGUGUACUGCACUAGCCAAACCACGACCUUUCUUUUUCACCGAUCGACCCUUAGAAAUUACUGCAGAAUUCGUGUAUAUAUAUGCGGCAUUUCUCGCCUUACCCGUCCGUCGUCUGUAAGAUCAAAACCAUGAGAGCUCCGAGUCUGGCCACGGCCGUCGUCCUUGCCAUCCUGGCCGCGGCGCUCGCCACAGCGCAAGCUCGCGCCGAGAACUGUGGGUCGCAGGCGGGCGGCGCGACGUGCGCAGACAACCUCUGCUGCAGCCGCUUCGGGUUCUGCGGGAGCUCACCCGAGCACUGCGGCGACGGCUGCCAGAGCCAAUGCAGCGGCGGCGGGCCUGGGCCCGGACCAACCUGCGGGUCCCAGGCCGGCGGCGCGACGUGCGCAAACUGCCUUUGCUGCAGCCGCUUCGGGUUCUGCGGCAGCACGCCCGAGCACUGCGGCGCCGGCUGCCAGAGCCAGUGCAGCGGCUGCGGGCCCAGCCCAGUACCCACCCCCGCCCCCGGCCCAGGACCAGCACCCGGCCCGACUCCUCCAGGUAACGAGGGCGUGGCGUCUAUCCUGCCCAGGGACCUCUUCGAGCGGCUGCUGCUCCACCGCAACGACAAUACCUGCCCCGCGAGAUGGUUCUACACCUACGACGCGUUCCUCGCCGCGGCCGCCGCGUUCCCGGCCUUUGCCGGCGCAGAGGGAAACAACAACGAGACGCGGAAGCGGGAGGUGGCCGCGUUCCUGGGCCAGACUUCCCACGAGACUACCGGCGGGUGGGACGCGGCGCCCGACGGUCCUUACUCGUGGGGCUACUGCUACAAGGUGGAGCAACAGGAGCCGAAGCCCGUCUACUGCGAGCCCAGCAACGAGUGGCCCUGCACGCCCGGGAAGAAGUACUACGGCCGUGGCCCUAUCCAGCUCUCCUACAACUACAACUACGGACCAGCGGGCCAAGCCCCGGCGAUCGAAUUGGACUUGCUGAACAACCCGGAUCUGGUGGCCGCAGAUGCGGUUGUGGCGUUCAAGACAGCGUUGUGGUUCUGGAUGACACCACGGGACAACAAGCCGUCGUCCCAUGCCGUCAUCACGGGGAAGUGGAAACCGACGGCGGCGGACAUCGCGGCGGGACGGGUGCCUGGGUACGGCGUGAUCACUAACAUUAUCAAUGGUGGUGUUGAGUGUGGGAUCGGGCCGGACCUUCGUGUGCAGGACCGGAUUGGGUUCUACCGGCGCUACUGCGACGCGUUGGGUGUGGACUACGGGAGCAACCUUGACUGCGACAACCAGAGACCCUUCUCCAGCGGCUUCCCGGCUGGGUUCGCGGCGCAGUGAAAACGGCUUGUAAAAUGCUAUUACUCCAUUAGCUGGCAUUAUAGUAAGCUUGUGACUCUGAAUAAUUAAUGGUGAUCAACUAGUCCAUUAGUUGAUCACCAAUAAUCAGUCAACGAGUUGAUCUGCUACGUAGAUCUCAAGGAGAUGGCAUUAGUUAUUUAAUUGCCUCAUGCAACCUGUUGUGAUUGGUCCAACGUGCAGUUUGAAAUACCGUGUGCUUGCAUUUAAGCGAAGAAAAGUAUGUUGUCGGUC